AAUUAUUUAAAAGAAUACCAUAAAUGCAAUCAAUAGAUACACUAAUAUUGUAGCAAUUAUUGGAUUAUUUGAUGAAAAUCUACAUAAAAUUACAAUAUUCUUUCAGGCGAAAUCAACAGAAACAAUUAUGGAGGAGGAUCUUCAAAAAUUGAAGGGAGUCCUGCGGUCCCUUGUGGUGUCUAGUCCUACGCAAGUGGACCUACGCUCAUUAUUGAGGGACUACCGCAGUAUGAUGGGAGAGCACAUACCAAUAGCCAAAUAUGGAUAUCGAGAUCUACUCACUUUCCUCAAAGAACGCUGCAGUGACUGUUUCUUGUUUGGAGGAGUAUCAAGCAACCCUGUGCUCACUUUGAUAGUUCCUGACAAUCUCAAACACAUCGAUAAAUUUGUUAGGAAGCAAAAGGCUCCCACCAAUGUCAGAGUGAAAGGUAAAAGACAAAGUGUGCCAAUGAAUGACUUGAUAGUUAAUACAUUCAUCGCCAAAAAAGAAACAGAAAUGAAUCCAAACACUAAACCGAAAGCAGCCGCGACCAAAAAUGUGGAAAACACUGUAGAGAAAAAAAUGGUUGAACUGAAACUGACUGACAAUACUGACUCAGCGGACAGCACACCUCAGCACCGAGUCAGUACCCAAGACUCGACGAUUUGUUCUCAAGAUGCACUACGAAGUUUUAUGAGGAAGAGAAUACCGGCCUAUGACUGCGAAAGCAGUUGGGGUAACGAGAGUACUGGCAGGACCUCCUCGCAAGAUAACGAUUCCGGCAGACAGUCUUCUUCAAGUACGAGCAGUUCAAAGUUGGUUAAAUUGGAAAAUUUGAAGAGAGAAAUUUACGAUCUGGUAGCGGAACAUCCGGAGGGCAUCUGGUGCACGGACCUGAUAGGGUUGUACAGGUGCGACAUUUGGCAGCUGCUUGCAUAA